AGAUGAUACUCCUCACGUCCCCAAUGAGAAGCUUGGAGAAGAAAAGGUUCUGCACAUAAUAGAAAAUCUGACCUCUCUGAUAAGAGAGACAUUUCCAGGUACUAAAGUCUACGCAGCGAUGGGCAAUCAUGACUUCCACCCCAAGAACCAGUUUCCAGGGAAGGAGCACAGGAUCUACAACCAAACAGCUGAACUGUGGCGUCCGUGGCUGAAUGACGCUUCCAUUCCUCUUUUCAGAGCAGGAGCUUUCUACACCGAGAAGCUGCCCGGCCCAAGGACGAGGGGGCGAGUGGUUGUCCUCAAUACCAAUCUGUACUACGACCAGAACAACGAGACGGCUGGUGAGGAAGAUCCUGGAGGCCAGUUCCAGUGGCUGGAAGAAACACUGACCAACGCGUCCAGAGCAGAUGAAAUGGUCUACCUCGUGGGGCACGUCCCUCCUGGCUUCUUCGAGAAGAAGCGAGGCAAGGCCUGGUUCCGGCGCGGCUUUAACGACCGAUACCUGAGGAUCGUGCGGAAGCACCACCGGGUGAUCGCUGCGCAGUUCUUUGGGCACCACCACACCGACAGCUUCCGGAUGUUCUACAGUGACACAGGUUCUCCAGUCAAUGUCAUGUUCCUGGCCCCUGGAGUGACUCCCUGGAAAACAACGUUACCUGGAGUGAGCAAUGGAGCCAACAACCCUGGGAUCCGGGUGGUCGACUACGAUCCAGACACCCUUCAGGUGUUGGAUAUGGUGACCUACUACUUGAACCUAACGCAGGCCAACAUGAUGGCCCCAGGAGGGGAGGAAGAGUUCCCAGCGUGGGAGGAAGAGUACAGGCUGACGGCGGCCUUCCAGGUGCCCGACGGCUCCGCGCGCUCCAUGCAGGCGGCGCUGGAGAGGAUCGCGGGGGACCCGCGCCUCCUGCAGCGGUACCACCACUGGGCCCUGCGGGCGGCCCUUGCCCGCCUCACCCCUGAGAAACACCGAACAGUUGGUGGUUUGGCAGCCUGGGGCCUUGCCGGCUUCUGGGGGCACCUCGAGGGCAGCCGUAGGAAGCG